CUCCCACCUAUAUUACCAAACGGGCACUAUCCAUUUGCGUCAAAACUCCACCGUGGUCCGCCACUCACAGUCAAUCAGAUUUCCGGUCACCUACUUGAAGCUUCAAUUUAUCAAACCCUAACCUCAUUCGGUAGUUUAGGAAUUUUCACACCAGCAUGAAAACUCGCAAUGCCGGCGUUCCUAAACCGUCGACGACCGCAAAGAAAACGCCGCCGGCGAGAAAAUCCGCCUCCAAAGCACAGCCGUCUCUGUCAGUAGAGACUCCUAAAACCGUCGAGACAAAGCGGACUUCUGCCAGAGCAGCCAAGCAGGUCAAGAACACUGAAACCGCUGCCGUUACUGCUUCAAAGCGCCGUCAAUCCGCAGCCGAGGACUCGGCUGGUGGUGCUAAGGGGACACUAGGCACUAAAGUUGGCGUGGGAACUUCACCAAUAGGGAGAAGGACUUCCGGGAGAGCAAAGACACCGGCAUCGGUGUAUGUUUCAGCACAGGCACAGUCUGCCAAGGCGAAAGGAAAUGCAUCGAAUAAGAAGAAAAAGGUAGAUAUCAAGGAUGUGGAGUUCACAGAGGAGGAGGUCAUGACUGAGUUUGAUGGAAAACCUGCAGGGUUGGAAGAAACAGCUGUGGGGGCAGAAGUACCAGCCGUUGAGAAUGUUGGAGUUUCUGCAACAGAUGAAAAAGGUGCUGUCAGAGUAGAACUGGAUCCUACUGAAGAUGAAGAGGAUCCUAUUGAGAUGGAAGAAUCUGUAGUUAAGGAGGUUGCAAAGUCUUCAGAGAAUGUGCCGUGCUGUGAUGAAGGGGAUCCUGUUGAAGUAGAAGAAUCUGUGAUUGAGGAGGUUGCAAAGUCUUCAGAGUGUGUGCCGCUGUGUGAUGAGGAGGAUCCUGUUGAGAAAGAAGAAUCUGUAGUUGGGGAGGUUGCAAGGUCUUCAGAGAAUGAACCACCCUGUGACGAAGAAAGUCCUGUUGCGAUAGAAGAAUCUGUAACCGAGGAGGUUGCAAAGUCUUCAGAGAAUGAACUGCCCUGUGACGAAGAUCCUGUUGCGAUAGAAGAAUCUGUAAUAGAGGAGAUUGCAAGGUCUUCAGGAAAUGAGCCGGCCUGUGAUAUAAGACAAUCUGUAGUUGAGGAGGUCGCAAGGAAUUCAGAGAAUGAGCCGCCCUGCGCUGAAGAGGAUCCUACUGAGAUAGAAGAGUCUGUAAUUGAGGUGGUUACAAAGUCUUCAGAAAAUAGAUUACCCUGCGAUGUAAGAGAAAGAAUGGAAGUGAAAGCAGAACAGAAGGAAGAGUCUAAGGAUAAUGAUAGUAAUGAGGAGACCUCUUUUGAGCCUGCUAACAAGGUACAAAAUGACAAAGCGAGGUUACAAGGAGAAGAUACUGAUCUUCCAAAAGAGAUGUAUGAUGUUGAUGAGGAAAUGGAGUAUGGUGAGAAAAUCGAUCUUGGAGAACAUGGAGAGGAAGAACUUCCGGGAGAUGAUGCAGAGGAUCAUGAAGAAGAAACUGAGACAUUGGAGGAUGAACACAAGCAGUUGACAGCCAUCGCAAAGGAGCGCAAGAUAAAGAAAGAGCGGGAGGUAUUUCUUGAUGGUCUUGAUCCGGAUGUUGAGGAGGAAGACGUGAGAAGGGUCUUUGAGAGGAUUGGAGGGAUAGUUGAGGUUAGGUUACAGAAGAAUCCUUCAACUAAUAAGAAUAAGGGUUAUGCAUAUGUGGAGUUCAAAGAUAAGGAGCAUGUGAGGCGUGCUUUGUCUGAAAUGAAAAACCCUGCUAUUCGAGGGAAACGAUGUGGGACAGCACCCAGUGAGGACAAUACCACGUUGUUCAUAGGUAACAUCUGCAAUACGUGGACAAAGGAAGCUAUUAAACAAAAACUAAAGGAUUAUGAGGUUGAAGGUGUUGAGAACAUAAACCUUGUCCCGGAUAUUCAACGUGAAGGGUUGAGCCGAGGUUUUGCAUUUGUUGAGUUCUCUUGUCAUGGUGAUGCUAUGCUUUCAUACAAGAGGCUUCAGCAGCCUGAUGUUAUAUUUGGCCACCCUGAAAGGACUGCCAAAGUGGCCUUUGCUGAACCUAUAUGUGAGCCUGACCCUGAGGUCAUGGCCCAAGUGAAGUCAAUAUUUGUGGACGGGCUUCCACCUCAUUGGGAUGAGAAACAGGUUAGAGAGCAAUUUAAAUGCUAUGGAGAAAUAUUACGUGUUGUUCUGGCCCGAAAUAUGUCUACAGCCAAGCGGAAAGAUUUUGGAUUUGUUGAUUUCUCUAGCCAUGAGUCUGCUGUGGCAUGUGUUAAUGUUAUAAACAAUACACCACUGAGUGAUGGGCAUUUAAAGAUAAAAGUGAAAGCAAGACUUUCAAAUCCUUUGCCUAAAACUCAGGCUGUAAAGGGUGGAAUACGUGGUGGAUUUCGAAUUGGCCGUGGUGGCAGCGGUGUUUCAAGAUUUGGUAGGGAUUUUGGUCGCAGUGGACACACUUUCAAUCGUGCAAAUUUCCAACAUGACAGACAUUUUUAUGAUGGUGGACGUGGCCAAACUGCGAGGAUGGGUUUCAAUCAGCAUAACUAUGAUUAUCCAUAUGCUGAGUUUCGUGGACGAGGGGGCAGAAGGGGCUUUUUUAGAGGUGGUCAAUUUUCAUCUGGUGGAGGUUCUGGAGUUGCUUCCCCAUCACCAAGACCUUAUGUUGAUAGAUCUUCGCAUGGUGCCCCUGAUAGAGGGCGAGGUAUGCCUGCUCCUUUUAGGAGGCAUCCUUAUUCUCCAGAAGGACACUUUGAUGGGCCACAUAUGAGGGGUCACUUUGAUGGGCCACACAUGGGGGGUCACUUUGAUGGGCCACACAUGGGUGGUCACUUUGAUGGGCCACACAGUGGUGGUCACUUUGAUGGGCCACACAUUGGUGGUCACUUUGAUGGGUCACACAUAGGUGGUCACUUUGAUGAACCUUCUUUUUAUGAUGAACGUGAUAGAACACAAGGCAUGAAGCGCCCAUUUCAUAUGAGAGACUAUGAUCCUGAUUACUUGGAGCCUAGCAGACAUCGGCCACGAUUGAAUUAUAAUGAUCCAACAGCUUCAUUUCACGGAAACCAUUAUAGUGAUACUAAUGGAGCUGGUAGCAGUCUCUACCCUCAUGAAUAUUAUGGUCCUGAAUCUCAUUAUGGUCCACAAUCAUCUUAUUAUGGGCGCAAUCAAUCAUAUGGUGGGGGUCGCUACUAUUAGACCCUAGAACUAUUCGGUGGACAUGAAUCUUUAGGAUGCAGUGUUCAAGGACGGACAAGUGGCUUGCUGUGCCUGUUAGAAAUUAGUUGCAUAUUUAUUUUUUCUCUCUUGCCUUUAUCCUGCUUUUCCUCAUAUUAUCCAUCUUCUUUACCUAAUAGUUGUUUUUUGAGAAAAUUUGGGUAGGGAUUUCCCAAGUUUUGAUGUUUGUAGUUUAGGACCUUAGGUAGUGUCUAAGGGCCUUUAUUUAGAAACUAGUAAUUAUUUGUAUGAUGGAGGUUGAGAGAGAUUUACCCCUUUAGCCUAGGCCUGGACAGCUUGACGAACUUUGUUAUGACUGUUCUUCUGAAGUUAAGAUGCUUGUAUGAUCAUGGUUAAUUUUGUGGUUUAAAGGAAUGAAGUUUGGUUAUUGGAAGUAAAAGCUUUGUGAUUUAGGAUGUUAACUUUUCAUGGAGAUACAAGAGUUAAGAUUAAGCAUGCAGAUUGAAACAUGGAGAUUAACCUGAAGGUUUGAUUGGAGACACAAAAUUUUAGUGCAUCAUGGAGUUAUGUUACCUGGACACAAAGGAGAUAAUGGAUCAUGACAUUCUCUGAGACUUUUUUGUUUCUUUCUAAUAUUAAUUAGAGUAGGUUAUCAUCUGACAUGACUUUUCUAGGUUAAAGGUUUUCCAUGGUUGCAUGGAAAUGUUAUGCCAGAGGUCUACUAGAAUUUAUGACCAUUUUUUCUGGCGGAAGGGAGCAGCCACCAGUUGGAAUAGAAUCGUUUAAAAGAAUUUUGGUCAAGGCUUAUUUUCGAUGAGCAUAACUGAUGGAUCAGGUCAUGUGGUUUCCUAUUACUUUCAAUUUCAUAUGUAGUUUAUCAUUGUGGGAGAUUCCGGAGGUAUUUUCUUGUGGCACCAGUUUAUGUGGUUGAGAUCUGAUUUAAUUGUUUUCAGGUGAAAACUAUGGGUGAGUGGUUUUUAAGGUCAAGUAGAAGUACUUGUGAUUCUCCUUGAGCUAUUGAUGGAAAACUGGGAAUAGUAAGGUACAAAACAUGUGUGUUGGGGUUUCACUACUCACAGAUCUCUAGUUCUAAGCAUCUCUUUUGGACAAUGUUUUCCUUGUAUGUUUUAUUUUGAAAAUUAGGAUAGAUAGAUCCUAAACAUGCUGGAUGGUGUUCAUAAUUGAAGACCAAUGUCUUUGAUUUGGGUUCGUAACUUCGUAAUCAUUUUUUAGAUCGAUUUCAGUAGGGCGUUUUGACUUUCUGAUGAUAUGAUAGGUUUGGCAAGUGCUGGCCGUUUACUUUUGUGAAAUUUUAGGGACAGAAGCCUGAUGUUCUAGUCAAGCUACAUGUCUGUGUUAUAUUCUUGAUUUCUUCCCGUAGUUUUAAGAAUUUGAAUGCUUUUUAUGAUUUUCUGACCAUUGUGAUUGAUGGCCUUGGGGAUACUUGUGGUUUGCAAAUUAGACUUUUUAUUAUCCAUCCCACCUAAUCUGUUAUUGCUCAAGUGAGUGAAUGGCCAUAGGAUAGUCGCAUGCCUAUUAUUGAUAGUUUGAUCCUUUUGGUAGCAGUCGUUGAGAGUACAUAACUAAGGAAUCUUUUUCUCAGUCAUAUAUGACUUCCAUAUCUUGCCGUGAACUUUGCGUAGCUGCAGCUAAUGUGUAUAGAUGCAUCUUCUGAUUUUGAUCCUUUUAAGGUAGCAGUCGUUGAGAAACAGUAUUUAACUUUUU